UGUGAAUACAAAUAAUGCAGAAACGAAUACAUCUUGAAGUCUUUCGACUAUAGAAAAACAUUACUGCUGAAUUGCAAAAAAUUUAAAUCUGUUAGAAAUGAAAUGGUUUUUUUUUUUUGUCAAUAUUAAUUGGAAAUCUUAAAGCAAGUUCUGUAUUACUAAAGGUCUCAAGAAGAGAAAGAUAAGGUUUCAUUUCAUAUUAAGGCUGAAAAUCAUGUUAUUUGCAGUGUAGCGAGAAACGGCAUGUGAAGUUAUUAAACUAAGCAAUGGCGGCUUUAAAUGCAGAGAGAAAGUUUUUGAAUGGUUUAAAAAAUAUGAAGUCCAUCAUAUUGUUAAUAUUGCAUUUUAGUUGUGGUCUUCAGCAUAUCAUCGCUUCAUCAGUUUUAAAUAUAAAUGACUUGGCGAGUAUGGAUCGCCCUUUCUUUGACGAUAUAAGUUCAAGAAAUAUUUCGGCUGUUGUUGACGAAACUGCAAUUUUAAGAUGUCGCGUUAAAAACAAAGGAAAUCGAACUGUUUCGUGGAUGCGCAAACGGGAUUUACAUAUUUUGACCACUAACAUUUAUACAUAUACUGGCGAUCAACGGUUUUCUGUAAUACACCCAUCAAAUAGUGACGAUUGGGACUUGAAAAUUGAAUAUGCACAGGCUAGAGACAGUGGUAUUUACGAAUGCCAAGUUAAUACUGAACCAAAAAUUAACUUGGCCAUUAUUCUGGAAAUAACUGCUGAAAAAGAACUGCGAGAAAGAAGUUCGGGAAAAGUUUACUUUGAUUCCAAAGCGCGUGCGAAGAUUUUAGGCUCUACAGAAAUACACGUAAAACGCGAUAGUACUAUUGCUUUGGCUUGCUCUGUGAACAUUCAUGCCUCUUCCGUUCUAUGGUAUCAUGGGUCUGCAAUAGUAGACUUUGAUUCUCUAAGAGGUGGAAUUAGUUUGGAAACUGAAAAGACCGAUAUAGGUACUACCAGUCGUUUGAUGCUAACCCGUGCGUCAUUACGAGAUUCUGGAAAUUAUACAUGUGUUCCCAAUGCGGCCAUGCCGGCAUCAGUACGAGUUCACGUCUUAACGGGUGAACAGCCCGCAGCAAUGCAAACCAGUAUUGCGAGUGCUACAGAUGUUUCUAUAGUAAUCAUAAUAGCGUGUUUGAUCAUAUCAGAUAUAUUGUUAAUUCGAGUUUUGAACCUAACACAACGUUUAACUGUUCAUCGAAGUUUAAGUUGACUAACUUUAAACAGAAUUAGCUCUAGCAAAGAAAGACAUGUUAUUUAAAGGUAGUUGUGACAUAAUUUCCACAACUCUUUAAUAAAUAAACGAUGAGUAAUUUUUAUAUUGUAUAAAUCAUGUACGGUAUUCAAUUUAGCAAAUUAUUUAUAAAUAACUUUAAAAUUUAAGCAAUUCGAAAACAAUAGACUACUUGUUUGUUUGGUCCUACACAUAUACAUAAGCAUAUACAUACAUAUAUUCAAAAAAUAAGAUUGUAACGAAAACAUUUGGAAAAAAUCAAAUUACCUUUAUAUACUAACAUGCAUACAUACAUACAUAGAUUCUACAUUAAGCAUAAUUCCUAUAGUCUUAUGUAAUAAAAACGUACAGUAAGAAUAAAUACAUAUAUACGUAUACAUAUAGCAUAUAUAUAUGCUAAAUAAGUUUUGUAUUCGUUUAUCAGCUGGAAGGAACGAAUAUUCUCCAUAUAAUAUAGGCGAUGUAUGGUAUGUCGGUUCUCUAACUAGCUUUUCGUUAAAAUGUUAAAUACCGUAUAACAUUUUAUUUAUUGAAAAACUUUUUAUAUGAUGUAGUGCUAUGCGAUUUUGUACUUGUACAUAUUAUUAUUUAUGUUUUAAUAUUUAAAAAAGAAUGUGGACUGGAAACAUAGCCAUCUUGGGCUUAUAAUUAACAAAAAUACAGUAUAAUUAACAGUCAUAAUUUAUAGUUAGAUGGCAUGAUAUGCGAUUUAUCUUUAAUUCUUAUGCCUCGA